AUGGGGCUCAAUAGACACUGGUUCCUGGAGGACACAGCUGCUGUGUGCAGAGACCUGGACUGUGGCUCUGCUGUUUAUGGAGAAGAGAGAGAGGAUUUUCCACAGAGUCCAGUGUGGUGGGUCUUAUCUUUCUGUGUGAAGAAGUCUGCAGUGAGACACUGUGUCUAUGAUUCAUCCUCCUCUUCCUCCUCUUCCUCCUCUUCCUCGGGUCUGGAGGUGAAGUGUUCAGACUCGGUGCGUCUGGUCUCGGGGCCCAGUCUGUGCUCAGGAUCAGUGCAGAUCUGGGACCAGUCCUGGACCUGGGUCUGUGAAGGGGCCUUGGACCAGCAGGGGGCAGAGGUGCUGUGCAGGGAGCUGGGCUGUGGGGCUCCUUCUCUCCUCCAGGGGGCGCUCUCUCCUCUGGAGCAGACGUUCCACUGUGAGGGCCAUGAGUCUGCUCUGAUGGACUGUCCCCGCUCCGGCUCAGAGACCUGCUCCUCUGGAGCUGCUGUCAACCUCACCUGCUCAGAGCCGCUCAGGCUGGUGGGAGGGGCCAGUCGCUGUGCUGGGACUGUGGAGGUGAGACACAGAGGAGAGUGGAGACGGAUGAAGCCCUAUAGACACUGGGUCCGGGGGGACAAAACUGUUCUCUAUGGACCCUGGGUCCUGGAGGACACAGCUGCUGGGGUCCGGGUGCUGCUGGGGUCAAAGUUCAGGGUCAAAUGCUCUGUGGAGCCACAGUACCCGGGAGGCUCCUUCCAGCUCCUCUCUCCCACGGCGCCCCUCGGUCAGAACCACACCCUGCCCGCUGUCAAUCACUCCGCACACUUCCUGUUCUCUGACACUGGCCCCGCCCACAAAGGAAACUACACCUGUGUUUACCACCUGCAUGUGUUCAACCACAGCUUCUCCUCUCAGAGCCCCAGCCUCCAGCUCUCUCUGGGAGCUUCAGACUCAGCCCUGAUCAUCAGAGUCCUGCUCAUUCUACUGUUGAAGCUCCUCUACAUCCUUCCAAUGCUCUACUACUACUGCAAGGUCCGGGCCAGAGGGAGGCGCUAG